GCUUAAUUUCUUCUUCUUCUUCUUCUUCUUCUUCAAUUUCCUCCAUCUCCAUUUCCAUUUCCAAGGAAAUUAUGAGUUACCCUUACAGCCACCACCAUACUCCGCCUGAAACCUACCCUCCUCCCGGAUACCCUCCGCCGCAGCCUGGUUACCCCGGCAAUCCUCCGCCGCCGCAUCAAGGCUAUCAAGAGUAUUUCUACGAUGGCUAUCAACCAUCCGCACCGCUUCCGCCUCCACCGCCUGGCCCUCCUCCACCGCCUUAUCAUCAUCAGCACUAUAACUACGACGAUCGAGAUGAAUGCUCCUCCUUCCUUCGUGGAUGUUUAGCUACACUGUGUUGUUGUUGUAUGUUGGAGGAGUGCUUGGCUUGUUUUCGAUAGACGUUGCGAAAUCGGUGUUGUUCGGUUUGCUUGGCCGUGCAGCGUUCGUGUCUAUGAUUAUGAAGCAGUGCGGGUUUUCGAGUCGCUUGAAAUAAGAUCUGUAGUUUUCAGGGUUGUUGUGUGUUUGUGUACACUUUCUGUGUUGUUUGAUACCUAAAAGCUCUGAUUUACAUGUAUGCAUACAAUACCUAAAUAAAUAAUGGCUUACUCAAGUAGAA